AUGCCUUUGGCUAGAAAUUUACUACAUCCAUCCUUGGAAGAGGAAAAGAAAAAACACAAAAAGAAACACCUUGUAAAAAGUCCAAAUUCUGACUUUUUGGAUGUAAAGCAUCCAGGUUGCUACAAGAUCACGAUGGUUUUCAGCCGAGCUCAGACAGUGGCGUUUUGUGUGGGUUGUUUAACAGUGUUGUGCCAGCCAACAGGAGGGAAGGCCAGACUCACAGAAGGGUGUUCACUAAGAAGAAGGCAACACUAG